UGUGCAGCGAUGUCGAUGAUGCUGAAGGUGCUGAGGCCGACGUCCAAAGUUCUGGUAGAGUGCGCGGCAGAUGUCAUCAUCUCUUACAGGCUAAACGCCAGCUUUCUCACAAAGAUAGUACAAGCCGUUUGCGAGUUUCACGACCAGUGCUACGAUGGAAUACUGGACAUAAAAGAUAGAAAAACAAGAAGAGGUAUUGCUGGUGAAUGCAUGCUGAGGAACUUCCUGCAGCACUAUCCUGGAUUUUAUUCAGUAACAGACACUGAGGGAAUAUGGAUCUUCAAGAAAAUGAUGGCAUGCUUCUGCAGCGACAAGGAUCUGGAAUUCGAAGACGCUGGCGUGACCAACGCUGUCAUGCAUUGGAUUUAUGAAGUUUUGAGGAGUGACGCAUGAACAUCGUUUAGGGCUUCCAGCGGAUAACCAGUUUCACAGACUCCGGCGUCUCCAUCUUCAAGUCAGCGUGAAAAUAGACAACGUCCUUCGUAUGUUGACAUUGAGACCCGGAGCGGGAAGAGGUUUUGUCACGGUUGGUAGGUAAUAAACGCCUUUUUACAGGUUUUA